CUGAAGUCAACGCGAAAGGAAUGCGUAUUGCGCUUCGCGCAUCCCCUUUUGCGUCUUCACGCAGUCGCACAGCUCAUCGCUUCUCAGCAGCUUAUCUGCAUGAAGCUCUGGCGUCCUUCAGGCCUCCCGCGAAGCACGCCGGGCUAUCACGCACCUAAAGCAUGCAUAGAGCAGUAGAGGACACUCUGAGUGAGGAGUGGUGUGGCGGUGGGCAUGUGGGAUGGAGUGCACCAUCAAAGCUAGCCGGCAACGAUGGGAAUGCACGUCAGCCACCUAUAAUACAUACACUCAAUGUUCAACCUACUCAAACACAAACACAAAUCCAACUUCAAACUCAAACUAUACCACAGCACGAGCAGGCCUCGCGCCCCAACCUUCGCAAGCGAACAAGCGACACAAACUCCAAUAACGGUCGGAAACGGCCGCGGACUGGGCUGGAACCUGGCGCCGCCGUCGACGACCGGCCAAGAGUAGCAUGUCCCUUCUACUUGAAGGAUCCGACUGCGUAUUCGCAGCAAGCCGCCUGCCAUGGAAAAGGCUUUGCUGAGCCUGGGAAGCUCAAGGACCACCUCAAAGCCAAACCGCACUCCCUCUCCAAAGACACACUCGCGAAGCUCAAAUUCAAAUCCGCCGAAUUCAAAAGCCUCGGAACCAUAGAUGCCAAAUGGAAGCGCGUCUUCCACAUCCUCUUCCCUACCGUCCCCAAAGACCGCAUCCCCUGCCCGCUCAUAAAACACGAUCGGGAGCUGCCGCCGCUGAACGCGCAAGAAGAUCUGCAGAAGCUGUGCGCAGCGCUCAAACGCCAGGUCUUCGACCGCUUUAGCGUCGAUCUUGCGGUCCACGUGCCGGACCUCUGGAACGAGUUCGAGCCCUUGUUCGAUGCGGCGGUGGAGGGCGCGCAGGGAAAGGAAAACCCGCCGACUCCUGAGAGCUCAGAUGCUGUCCCGGUGCAGAACGAGAGUGCGAUGCUUCGGAGCCUGGAAUGGGUUCAAGAUCUGCCCAGUUCUCCACCGGGUCUACAGAUACUUCACGGCUUUUCGACCACUCUCGAUCAGCCCCAACAGAGUUCCUUUCGCCCUGGACACACGGCUUAUGGAGCGCACGUCGCUAACGGCAUCAGCGAAAUAGGACCACUUUCUCAGUCUCACUUUCCCGUAGACUACGGUUCCUCAUAUUGCGCCACGUACUACGGAGACUGCAUCCCACUCCACAGUUUGCCCAACCCCAGCGAAGACGCGCCCGUAUCCCAAGAAUCCCGCCGCCCUUCCUCCAUGGACUACGAACCCACGGACCAGUCCUCCGAGCAUUCUUCCCAAGACGCUACAUCCCCGUGCCAGACAACCUUGAUAAAAGCCGAGCCCGAAGACACGUCGCCCCCAGUCGGGUAUGAGUUUUGGCGUAACCGCGAGCUCAUGAAUGAUUGCCGUUGGCACAGGCACAUCACCAGGGAUGCUAAACCCGUCAUCCGCCAGGACUCUUCCAACGCCGCUGGCAGGCGUGCUUCCGGGCAACACGGCAAGGGGAUCGUUUGUCGAGUGGACCAUGCUGAGAAUCGGCUCUGUAUGCCUAAGAUCGAGGAUGACUCCUCGUCCUGCUCCUCACCUUCGUUCGCUGCAAAUGAGAACGAGAACCACAACCACGCCGGACAGACGGAAACCUACGACUCAUCUAUAGCCUCCGCUGGAUCAAGUGCGUCUCCAUCCCUCUCUUCCUCCUGGGACGAAGAAUGCAUCGACUACAACGACUCCUCAUCCCUACAGAUCAGCGACGAGAAGCAAGCGGUAGAAGUGUUUAGUUCCGAAGCAGUGGCAGACGCUAUGCCGCGAAAUGUGCAGUCUUUUCCUUUUCGGCGCGAUACCCUUUAAACCCCGCCUUAGAAUACCUAGGUAGGGUAUUCUUUUUCUCUAAUUUCGGGACACCUUUCUAGUAGAAGGUUCUGUACUAGGCUUUUAUUUACGUAAGGACUUUCUAUUUUAGGAGUAUAUAGAGAGGCGUAUAUAUAGAAGUAGUUUUCUUUCACGUGUUUAUAGCAGAAUGCUUACGUAAACUUCGUAUUAUGCUUUUUUAGUAUCUCGCACUAAGAACUAGUAGAUAAACUACCUAUUAGCUACUGGUAUUAACGGUAUUACGAAUACACAACUCUUAUCUA